AUGCCGGAGAAGACGUUUCACAAAGCGCAAACGAUCUUCGAGAAGGCGUCCGGAGUUCCAUCAAUCGUCGAAGCCGUCCAAUUCCACGGUAUCCGAGUGACAAAGAAUGACGCAUUGCUGAAAGAAGUAUCCGAAUUGUAUAAAUCGUCGAAUCUUGAUGAACUCGUUCACAACUCUCAUCUAGCUGCUCGCCAUCUUCAAGAAGUUGGUCUAAUGGAUCAUGCCGUCGCACUGAUUGACACUUCUGCCACGUCGAAAGAGGGAUACGUCGUCAAUUUCUUGGUUCGAGAGCCCAAAUCAUUUACUGCUGGAGUCAAGGCGGGUGUUUCGACGAAUGGAGAUGCUGAUGUCAGUUUGAGUGCCGGAAAACAGAGUGUUGGUGGAAGAGGAGAGGCCGUACAGACACAGUAUACUUAUACUGUUAAGGGUGACCACUGUUUCAACAUAUCGGCCAUUAAACCAUUCCUCGGAUGGCAGAAAUAUUCGAAUAUCUCGACAACUCUCUACCGUUCACUCGCUCAUAUGCCAUGGAAUCAAUCGGAUGUCGACGAGAACGCCGCGAUUUUUGCGUAUAACGGACAAAUGUGGGAUCAAAAGUUGUUGCAUCAGAUUAAAUUGAAUGCGAUCUGGAGAACACUUCGAGCCUCCCGAGACGCCGCAUUCUCAGUUCGUGAACAGGCUGGACACACGUUGAAGUUCUCAGUGGAGAAUGCGGUCGCUGUGGAUACGAGAGAUCGACCGAUUCUUGCAAGUCGUGGAAUUCUUGCCCGUUUCACUCAAGAGUUCGCCGGUCUGUUUGGUGAUGCGUCGUUCCUCAAGAAUACAUUGGAUUUGCAGGCAGCCGCGCCUCUUCCCCUCGGAUUCAUCCUCGCCGCCUCAUUCCAAGCGAGACAUUUAAAAGGAACCGGUGAACGAGAAGUGCAUAUUCUUGAUCGAUGCUAUCUCGGCGGUCAACAAGAUAUUCGUGGAUUCGGACUCAACACAAUCGGCGUCAAAGCUGAUAACAGUUGUCUUGGAGGCGGAGCUUCACUCGCCGGCGUCGUUCAUUUGUACCGUCCGUUGAUUCCGCCAAAUAUGUUGUUUGCUCACGCGUUCUUGGCGUCUGGAAGUGUCGCGUCGGUUCAUUCGAGGAAUAUUGUACAGCAAUUGCAGGAUACACAAAGAGUUUCGGCUGGAUUUGACGGAUUUAUAGACCUAGUUCUCAGAGAAUGCUUUCUGUUGGACACACGGACAAACAGACCGACUGGAGAAGACGCGAUUUCUGGACAUCUGGACAAACAGACAGACAUUCAGGCGAUCUGGAAAUCUAAAUUUGACAAAUUUCAUGUGAAAUUUGUCCUAAAUUGUCUUCGUCUCCGGACAUUCGGACACACCGAUAUGAGUCUCGCAUUCGUGUUCAAGAGCAUCUUCCGACUCGAGCUCAACUACACGUACCCACUGAAAUACGUGCUCGGCGACUCGAUUAUGGGCGGUUUCCAUAUCGGAGCAGGCGUCAAUUUCUUGUAG